UUUUGUGCAAGACAUUGGGGAAUGUCAGUGUAGACUUCUCACAAUGACUGAGAAAGGGGACAUUGAGUUGGGGUAUUUGACUGAGAAAAGCAUUAAGAUGGGCCCUGUGGAUGCUGUGGAUGGUAGAAGGAUCAACAAAAGUGAAUAUGCGUCAAAGAAAAGCGUGGCCGAGGGAAUGAUGGAUAUUGCACUAUUGACUGCCAAUGCUAAUCAAUUGCGCUUCCUUAUCGCCUACAACACUGGAUCACAGACAUUCUAUGUCAGUCUGGGGCUUCUUAUCCUUUCUCUCGUGCUCCAGGUGGCUGUUGGAAUUGCUUUAAUUUUCAAGAGGCAGAUGAAAAUCAAAGGCAGGAAAAAUCAGGCGAGUCACAUGAAUGAUUACAUAGUUGGUGGUAUAUUUUUGGUAACAGUAAUUAAUGUGCUAGCCGCCUCGUUCACCAUCACUGAAAAAGCUAAUUAAAUGCAAUGAUGAUUUUUUUUUCCGAAAUUCAAACAACAGAAACGGAAACAUCGCAAAGCAGACGAACACAUUAAUGUAAUUUUCACCAAUCAGUUAGAUGAAUUUUAUUUUUUACCAAAAACAUCAGUUUAUAAGAUUAUAUGUCACCAAAAUUUGCCACAGUAAUUUGGGAGUAAGGGCAGAAUCACAUUGACAGUAAAAUGCUCACCGUAUUUCGUUAAUUUACGCAUUUUCAUUGCAAUUCUUACGUAAAUUCUCGAUUACCGUAUUACCUUAUCUCAUACUCGGUGGCACUAGGUGAAAAUAAUAUGAGAAAAUUUAAGAAAUAAAACGAAAAUGC